CAACAAUAUCUUAGUUCAUCUAGGAACAACUAUAUCUUAAUUCAUCUAAGAGUGGCUAAUUUAAACACGAGACUAGUUGGCACCACGCGACCAAUUCCCGCUGUUAGACCCGACUAGAACCAAAAAAGCUAAAACCCCGGGGUUCUCAAAUUAACAACAAUUGAGAAUUGUGCGAGAAACAAACGCAAAAAAGGCUCCAUUUCCAAAUAAUGGCAAUUUUGCUAUCAUCUUCCUCUCUUCCUUCACUUCCAAACACAAAGCUCUGCAUUUCCAGAGAUGCCUCGGCUGAACGUAGCAGCACCAUCACAACAUUUCCAGGAUUGAACAGAAAAAACAACAAAAAAUGCUCAAUUGUAUGUUUAUCAGUAAAGGGUAAUGCUAAAGUUAAGAAAUUUGAUGUUAUUGAUGGUAAUAAUUCAAGAAAGAGUGGUGUGAAUGUAGUAUUGAGUGAGGGAAGAGAUGAGGAUGAGAAUCAUGGGCUUGUAUGCCCAGGUUGUGGGGUUUAUAUGCAAGAUAAUGACCCUAAUCUUCCUGGGUUUUUCAAGAAAAGGAAGGUGGUUGUUGAUGAGGAGGAAAUUGAGGGUUUUGGGGAUGAAAUUGAGGGUUUUAUUGAUGGAGAAGAAGAGGGUUUUGGGGGUGAAAUUGAGGGGGGGUUUGAUGGGGAAGAGAAGGAAGACGGUUCCGUCGAUGAGAUUGAGGGUAGUUUGGAAAUGAUUGAUGGAGAUAUGGAGGAUGAUGGGUUUGAUUGGGAUAGUGAAGAUUGGGAGGAUGAGGAUUUAGAAGCAUUGGAUGGGUUUCAACCUGUUGGUGUUGGUUAUGGUAAUGUAACUGAGGAGUUAGUGAAGGAGAAGGCGGAGAAGAGGAAGAAAUUAUCAAAGUCGGAGAGGAAGAGGUUGGCUAGGGAGGCUGAGAAAGAGAGGGAAGAGGUUACAGUCUGUGCUAGGUGUCAUUCUUUGAGGAACUAUGGGCAAGUGAAGAAUCAAAUGGCUGAGAACUUGAUACCAGAUUUUGAUUUUGAUAGGUUGAUUAGUACCCGUUUGAUGAAACCUGCUACAGCGGAUUCAACGGUUGUUGUUAUGGUUGUUGAUUGUGUUGAUUUUGACGGGUCAUUUCCAAAACGUGCUGCCAGAUCUUUGUUUAAGGCUUUGGAGGGAAAACAAGAUGGUAAAUUUAGCAAAAAGUUGCCUAAGCUUGUCCUCGUUGCCACAAAGGUUGAUCUCCUACCAUCUGAAAUAUCACCUACUAGAUUAGAUAGAUGGGUUCGUCAUCGUGCAAAGGCUGCAGGAGCCCCAAAACUUAAUGCUGUGUAUUUGGUUAGUUCUCGAAAGGAUUUGGGGGUGAGGAAUUUGCUAUCCUUCAUCAAGGAGUCAGCUGGCCCUCGAGGGCAUGUUUGGGUUAUUGGGGCACAAAAUGCUGGUAAAUCUACCCUAAUCAAUACAUUUGCAAAGAAAGAAGGUGCUAAAGUUACAAAGCUUACUGAGGCAGCAGUUCCUGGGACGACGCUUGGGAUACUAAGAGUUGGAGGGGUUUUGUCUGGCAAGGCCAAGAUGUACGACACUCCUGGUCUCUUGCAUGCAUACUUGAUGUCCAUGAGAUUAAGCAGGGAAGAACAAAAAAUGAUUGAGAUACGGAAAGAAUUGAGACCUCGAAGUUAUAGAAUUAAGGCAGGGCAAACAAUACAUGUUGGUGGCUUAGUGAGACUAGACCUUGUCCAGGCAUCAGUCCAGACAAUCUAUGUGACAGUGUGGGCAUCACCAAAUGUGUCUCUUCAUUUAGGAAAGACUGAAAAUGCUGAUGAAACUUGGAGUAAGCAUGUUGGUAUCAGGUUACAGCCUCCUGUAGGAGCAGAUAGACUUCCCGAAAUGGGGACCUGGUCAGAGAGGGAAUUUAAAGUGACUGGAACUAGCUGGGAUGUAAACAGUUCUGACCUUGCUGUAGCUGGGUUAGGUUGGCUUGCUUUGGGUCUCAAAGGCGAGGCAACCUUAAAGCUAUGGACAUAUGAUACUGUUGAAGUUGUCUUACGUGAACCUUUAGCUCUUGACCGUGCUCCGUAUCUUGAGCGACCUGGGUUUUGGUUGCCCCAGGCUAUAUCUGACGCUCUUGGUAAUCAGAGUAAACUAGAAGCUCAGAAAAAACAGCGGCUUGAAGAUGAGAGUGAAUAUGUGACUGCUUGAAGCAUAUGGUUGUAUCUCUCUUCUUGAAGGCAUUUUACAGGUUUCUGAAUUUGGUUAAAGCAUUUAUAAGAUAACCUGUUUUUGGCUCUAAGCUGAGCUUCGAGAUUUUGUCGGUUGGAGCUGCAUAUAUCAGUGUGUGUUUUCUGUUGUAUUUGAAGAUUAGAUUCAGCCUAGUGCUAUAAUACGGCAAUAGUCAUAGCAAGCAGUCCUGUAAAUGCUGUUGAGGUGAUCAAUCUUAGGAUUAUAGUUCUGUUGAUUCGGUAGCUUACCAGCAUGUCUGGCAUAUGGGUAUAUUUUGGAUUAUAAUUUCCCUUCAAUUGCUUAAUACAGUACAUCCCAUUUAAAAUUG